GACAUCGGUGUGGAUUUUAAGGAGGGAGUUACUCAGACCUCGGCGUCUUCACUUGCUCACGCUGGAAUUACAGCUAUUUAUUACGAAGCGCUCUGUGUGGCUGGGUGGAGUGUGCCCGAGGAAACACAUCCCAGACACCACUUGGGGUUAGUCCUUCUGAGUCCUUCACGUGUCUGACUAAUUCUCAUCAUUGCCAUGGAGCCCAACAGUCCCAAAAAGAUACAGUUUGCUGUACCUUUGUUCCAGAGUCAGAUUGCACCCGAAGCGGCGGAGCAGAUCAGGAAAAGAAGACCUACACCGGCAUCACUUGUGAUUCUCAAUGAGCACAACCCGCCAGAAAUAGAUGACAAGAGGGUGACCAACACACAAGCAGAAUCACAGAAUGCAUCUCCCAAGCAGAGGAAGCAGAGCGUGUACACAGCACCCACCAUGAAAGGUACUGUGCAGGGGUUAAACACCUGAAAGGCCAGGGUGAAUCAGCAUUCCCUGAAGAAGAAGAAGGUGUCAACGAAAGAGAAAAGCAAUGGGACCAUUAAUUACGGGUCUGCUACAAGAGGGCUUCUUGGGAGUAUGAACUAUUAACUUUUCUGAAUAAUCCAUGGACGCUACUGCUUGACUUCCAGACGCAUUCUCCACCUGUGCUCUCCACACUCAUACCGUAGUGGUACACCUCCUCAGAAGCCCUCCUUGAUUGAACUUGAGAACUAAGUACAGAUUGUUCCAUAUCACUUACACGUAAAGAACAAGCACUUAUUUUACAGGGGUUUUUCUCUUUCAUGACAUUGACAUUUGCAAACAUGGGAGUGUUCUAACUUUAAAACUGCUGAGCUUAAUUGCUGAUGUCCUACUGACAUAGUUUGCCUUCUAAGGUCAAAUGUAAAUAGCAGCAAUUUAAGAGUAAAAAGUAAAUAUUAAAUACAUUUAGACAUGAAUGUGUGUCUGGGUUUAACUUAUAGAGGAAUAUUUCAUGAAUAUCAAUAUUUAAUAUUUUUGUUAACUUUUAAGUUGAUCUGUACAUAAUAUUUAUUUCAAAGUGAUGAAGAAAUGACAGAUUUCUUGAUUCAAAAUACCACCAUAUAUUAGUCUUUAGUUAUUAAAAAAGAAAAAUGCUAAAUCUACAAUAAAAUAUGCAAAAUCUGCCCUGCAA